UGCUUCGUUUGCUCCAAAGCCCCACUCUUCUCCCUUCGUAGAAAAAAGAACUAAAAACUCUCUCGUCUGUCUGUCUGUCUGUCUCUCGCUCUCUCAAACUUUCACAUGGAGAUCGAUCUCAAAGAGUACCAAUUGCGCUGCGAACUCCGAGGCCACGAAGGCGACGUACGUGGAAUUUGUGUGUGUGGCAAUGCGGGCAUAGCGACGUCGUCUCGGGACCGGACCGUGCGGUUCUGGUCCCUGGACACGUCGGACGAGCGCAAGUACGCGGCGUCGAAGAUUCUGCUGGGGCACACGAGCUUUGUGGGCCCGUUGGCGUGGAUUUUUCCGAACGAGGAGUUCCCGGAGGGCGGUAUCGUGUCCGGCGGCAUGGACACGCUUGUUCUGGUGUGGGACUUGAGGACCGGUGAGAAGGUGCGGACGCUGAAAGGUCACCAAUUGCAAGUGACUGGCGUUGCGUUGGAUGAUGGCGACAUUGUGUCGGGGUCGGUUGAUUGUACAUUAAGAAGGUGGAGAAAUGGACAAUCUAUAGAAUUCUUGGAUGCUCAUAAGGCACCAAUCCAAGCAGUUAUAAAGCUUCCUUCAGGCGAGCUUGUUACGGGUUCAAGUGAUACAACUUUAAAACUUUGGAGGGGAAAGACAUGUAUACAAACUUUUGUUGGGCAUACUGAUACCGUUCGAGGUUUGGCAGUGAUGUCUGGUUUGGGAAUCCUUUCAGCAUCACACGACGGCUCCGUCAGGUUAUGGGCGUUAAGUGGUGAAUUAUUAAUGGAGAUGGUUGGUCAUACUUCCAUUGUCUAUUCAGUUGAUUCACAUGUCUCUGGACUUGUUGUCAGUGGUAGUGAAGAUUGUUCUGCAAAGAUAUGGAAAGAUGGUGUUUGUGUUCAGAGCAUUGAGCAUCCUGGUUGUGUUUGGGAUGUCAAAUUCUUGGACAAUGGUGAUAUUGUAACAGCAUGUUCAGAUGGAGUUCUACGUAUUUGGACAGUACACCAGGAUAAGAUUUCCGACUCUGUAGAACUCGAGUCAUAUGCUUCCCAAAUUUCUCAGUACAAGCGAAGCAGGAAGAAGGUUGGAGGAUUGAAGCUGGAUGAUCUACCAGGGCUGGAGGCUUUACAGGUUCCAGGCACCAGUGAUGGGCAGACAAAAGUUGUCAGAGAGGGUGACAAUGGUGUGGCAUAUGCAUGGAAUUUGAGAGAACAAAAGUGGGAUAAAAUUGGUGAAGUUGUUGAUGGACCGGAUGACAACAUGAAGCGUCCUGUUCUUGAUGGAAUUGAAUAUGACUAUGUAUUUGAUGUUGAUAUUGGAGAUGGUGAGCCUAUUCGUAAGCUGCCCUAUAAUCGAUCAGAUAAUCCGUAUGCUACCGCUGACAACUGGCUUCUCAAGGAGAAUCUUCCUCUUUCCUAUCGGCAACAAAUUGUAGAGUUUAUACUCCAAAAUUCUGGACAAAAGGACUUCACCCUUAAUUCAUCAUUUCGUGAUCCCUUUACCGGUGCUAAUGCUUAUGUACCUGGAGAACCUUCAAACAUGUCUGCAGCUGCUUCAUCGAAACCCACUUUCAAGCACAUUCCUAAGAAAGGAGUGCUUGUUUUUGAUGUGGCUCAGUAUGAUGGGAUCCUCAAAAAGAUUACUGAGUUUAACAAUGCUCUACUCUCUGAUCCGGAAAAAAAGAAUUUGUCUUUGACGGAACUUGAGCUUUCCAGACUGGGUGCAAUUGUCAAACUUUUGAAGGACACAUCACAUUAUCAUUGUAGCAAAUUUGCAGAUGUUGAUAUUGCGUUGUUACUGAAACUGCUAAAUUCAUGGCCACUUGCUAUGAUAUUUCCAGUUAUUGAUAUUUUGAGGAUGACUGUCCUGCACCCGGAUGGGGCAACUGUUCUUUUCGAUCAUUUUGAAGCUGAAAAUGAUGUACUAAUGGAAAUGAUCAAAAAAGUCACUGCGAAUCCUGCUAUUCCUGGAAAUCUUUUAACGAGCAUCCGCGUAGUAACUAAUCUAUUCAAAAAUUUGUGCUACUACAACUGGUUAUAUAAAAAUCGAAGUGAGAUUCUUGAUGCGUUUUCAAGUUGUUUUUCAUCUCCAAAUAAGAAUUUGCAGUUGUCUUAUUCUUCUUUGAUACUCAACUAUGCUGUGCUGUUAAUUGAAAAGAAGGAUCAAGAAGGUCAAUCUCAAGUUCUUUCAGCAGCUCUUGAGAUUGCAGAAGCAGAAAAUCUAGAAGUUGAUUCAAAAUUCCGUGCUUUAGUUGCCAUUGGAUCACUGAUGCUCAAUGGUCUUGUGAAAAGAAUAGCCUUGGAUUUUGAUGUUGAGACCAUUGCCAAAGCUGCAAAGGCUUCAAAAGAAGCCAAAAUUGCUGAAGUUGGAGCUGACAUUGAGCUGUUAACUAAACAGAACUGAAACUCUCAGUACCUGGUUUGGUUAAAUCGGGCAGCUUGAAGUAAAUCUUAAAUCGGAGAUGAACGGUCCAUAAGGUUGAUUGGACCUGAGAGUCUGCAGAAACGAUGGUGCAAAACCAGGCCUGUAUUUUCUUGUGUAAAUGGAAAAAAACCUUCACAUGCAAAAAAGGAACCCUCUGAUUGAUGAAGAUGGCCUGGAAUUUUGGCUGUCACAAGGCUUCAUUUUUUCAAACGUUAUUUGAAGCCUCAUAGUUAACAAUUAUUUAUGGAACUAAUAGUGCAGCAUUUUUCUCGUGUACACCGAGGCCUCAGUUGUACAAUAUUUGAUGACGGUCGAUUUAGAAAAAAAAAAAACAGUUUCAAAUA